UCUCUCUCUCACAGUUCCGAGGCUACUCGCCGCCCGGCCCACCCUCCCAUCCCUCCCAGAAGCUGUGGGGUUUUAAAUACAGUUUGGGUUUUAACCGCCGCUGUCGGAGGAUCUUUUAGUCGCCAGGAAGAAUGAGCACCUACACCGUGUCGCUGCCCGGCCCUGGCCCCUGGGGCUUCAGGCUGCAGGGGGGCAAGGACUUCAACAUGCCGCUGACCAUCUCCAGGAUUACUCCGGGCAGCAAGGCGGCGCAGGGUAACCUGGUCCAGGGUGAUGUCAUCGUCGCCAUCGAUGGCGUCGGCACCGACGGGAUGACUCACCUGGAGGCCCAGAACAAAAUCAAGAUGGCCAACUACAACCUGGCGCUCACCAUGACCAAGGCGAAGCGUACAGCUUUGAUGCAUACACCGAGGAUCGACGCUGCCUCUAUUCCCCUGAUCCCUCACCAACAGCCUCAGUCAGCGCAGGUCAACGGCCGCCUGUCGGCCUGCAGCGCCUCCUCCGGGCCCGUAGGGGGCGACUCUCCCGGGCGGAGGCAGAGGAAGCAGUAUAACUCGCCCAUCGGCCUGUACUCAGAGGAGACUCUGAGGGAGAUGGCGGCCGUACAGGCGGGGCGGCCGGCCGGCUUUAGAAACACUCUUGUAGACAGCGCGUCCCCGGUCUAUCAGGCCGUCCAGAGUGCGGAGAAGGACCAGGACCUGAGCGAAUGGGGGCGCCGAAGCUCUGCAGCCAACCUGCAGUCCAAGUCCUUCAGAGUCCUGGCCCAUGCGACCAGAACACAGGCCUUACCAGGGGAGGAGGAGGAGGAGGAGGAGGAGGAGGAGGAGGCAGCUGUGAGGAGGAGCAGCCCUACUGAGCAUGCUCCAGCUUCUGCUGGCUCCGCCCCUGCCGCUCUGCAGCCGCUGGACCCCGCCCAUGCUUCACCUGGCCCCGCCCCUCACAGCCAAUACGCUCAGCCUCCUGCCAUGCAUCAGGCUCCACAAGCCCCGCCAACGCAGCAGUACCAGCCAAUCCCACAGCAGUACCAGCAGCAGUACCAGCAGCCAAUGCCGCAGCAGUACCAGCAGCCAAUCCCUCAGCAGUACCAGCAGCCAAUCCCUCAGCAGUACCAGCAGCCAAUCCAGCAGCAGUACCAGCAGCCAAUCCAGCAGCAGUACCAGCAGCCCCCCACGCAGCAGGCCCGGCCCACUCAGCAGAGCUCCAUCCAGGUCCCUCUUGGCUCCGUACCUCCUAAGGUGGUCAGCACCGCCUGCAUCUAUCCCUCCCAGCCAGCUCCCGCCCCUCCAGCUGCUGCCCCGGCCCCGGCGCCGGCCCCCUCUGGCCCCGCCUCCUCUAACCGCCCUCCCUGGGUGUCCGACACCAACUUCGCCGACAAGUUCGACCCCAGUAAGACGACCACGAGCACCGUGAAGGUGCAGCCGCUGCCACGGGGCGCCCCUCCUACCCCACCGUUCAUCCCCAAUCCCUCCCACGCUGCUCCCGCCACUCCCAGCCCUGCCCCCGCCACACCAAGCCCCGCCCCCUUCGCUCCUGUGGCGAGGGGCGUGGCCCAAAGGGCGGAGAGGUUCGCCGCCAGCAGCCGCACGCCUCUGUGUGGAUCCUGCAACAGUGUCAUCAGGGGCCCCUUCCUGGUGGCCCUGGGCCGCUCCUGGCACCCUGAGGAGUUUAACUGCCACUACUGCCACAUGUCUCUGGCUGACGUCAGCUUCGUGGAGGAGCAGAACAGCGUCUACUGCGAGAACUGCUACGAGGAGUUCUUCGCUCCGACCUGCGCCCGCUGCAACACCAAGAUCAUGGGGGAAGUGAUGCACGCUCUGCGGCAGACGUGGCACACCACAUGCUUCGUGUGCGCGGCGUGCGGCAAAGCGUUCGGAAACAGCCUCUUCCACAUGGAGGACGGAGAGCCGUACUGUGAGAAAGAUUAUAUUUCCCUCUUCAGCACCAAGUGUCAUGGCUGUGACUUCCCGGUUGAAGCUGGAGAUAAGUUCAUCGAGGCUCUGGGUCACACCUGGCACGACACCUGCUUCGUCUGUGCGGUCUGCAACAUGAACCUGGAGGGCCAGCCUUUCUACUCCAAGAAAGACAAGCCUCUGUGCAAGAAGCACGCUCACGCCAUCAACGUGUAGACCAACGUCACCGGGGGCAACGGACGGACAGCGCAAGCAGACGACGACGACGACGACGACAUUUACAAGAUGUGUGUAAAACGCUCUGUAUGCAGAAUACACUUUGGUUUUCCUUUUUCUGUGCAUUGAUAUGAAUAUGAAUGACUGAGACGACGCUGCCUGAUGAUUCUGCUUCCAAGAGAAAAGACU